UCCACCCAGGAGGUAUGCAGGGUCUUAAGCGUAGCUUGAUAAGGUAUCAAACAACUGGGCAAUACACAGAUCUGAACCAAAUGCCUGCAGACGUAGUGCUUCAACAAUAAGGUACAGUGCUGUCUUCUUUUCAGACCUCUAACUUAAUACAGAGCGAUCAGCUCAUGUGCUACUGUCAUUUUGAUUCCUUUAUCAGUGACCUCAUAAGAGGCUGCACAUCUUUAAAAGAGGACCUCAGAGAUUCAGCAGAACAACCUUUUACCAAAUAUAUUUGAUGAUUGAGUAAUUGAAGCUCAUGUGCAAUGGAUGCUCAACAGGUGUCUUUUUUUUUGUUAAAUGGUGAGGAAUCUCAUUGCAAUUCUUGUCUUUAGUCAGUUAUUUCUACUUGAGCUUUAACCCUCAUCUCUAAACUUUUCUUUACAACGUAACAAGCACGUUUGAACAGAAAGCAUAAUUCAUUUAAGGCAAAGUUAUAGUUUUUGACCAAAAUGGUAAAAUGCUUGAAUGUUAAGUGCAGAUAUCAUUUUUUAUUUGUAGUUUUUCUCAAGCUAUGGAAUGCAGUAGAGUUAUCCAUUAUUUUUUUCUACAGCAGGCAGACUGCAAGACUCAUAGAGCGAUCUUGUGCGUGUGCUAUUAUUGACCUAGUGUUGAGCUAAUAUUUUAGCAGUCCACCUACCUGUGGCCUAGUCCUUCACCCUUCAAGGUUAGAUUAAGGCCUUGGACUUGAAAUGUGCUUCCCAAAUGUAAAACCGCAGAAGUGCAAUCCUAAAGAUGCCCUUGUGUCCACAACUGUAUAAAUAUAAACCUCAUACUUUGUUUUUGUUUACGUGUGAAAAUUCAACUGUGUAAAGCAUGUGCUGUUAAAGACAAUAUUGAUGAUGUUGCUACUUUGAUUGAUUAAUGACUAAUUUUAGUGAAGUAUAAUUCCUAAUGUAAUUCCUUAAAUUGCACCUUGAGAACAUGGUAUAAGACAGAGUUUUCCAAGGUCUUAAUACAUUUCGAUAUGCUAUAGCCAUGCAACGGGACCGCCCACGUUACGUGAUUGACCGGCCGGCAUAUAACCUCCCAGACUUUGACGGAGAGUUUGACAAGAAGAGUCGACAAUUCCCUGUUGGAGAGAAAGUGAGGAAACUCUUCAGAUGCUCUGUGCUGAGACUGAAGGGCUUGUUGUUCAGACAUCUGCCUGUACUGAGCUGGCUUCCCAAGUACAAAGUGAAAGAAAACCUGCUGUGUGAUGUCAUCAGCGGGGUCAGCGCUGGCACCAUUCAGGUUCCCCAAGGCAUGGCAUUUGCCCUCCUGGCCAACCUCCCUCCUGUCAACGGUCUCUAUUCCUCUUUCUUUCCCCUCAUCCCGUAUUUCUUCAUGGGCACUGCUCACCAGAUGGUCCCAGGUACGUUUGCUGUCCUCAGCAUUAUGGUGGGGAUCGUGUGUCUAAGGCUGGCCCCAGAGUCGGACUUCAAUCAUUUCAAUGCCACUCUUAAUGCUACAAUAGUGGACACAGACCUGAUGAAUGAGGUUCGCCUGGGAAUAUCUGGAACCCUGGCCUGUCUCACUGCAGUCAUACAGAUUGGCCUUGGCUUCAUGCAGUUUGGAUUUGUAGCCAUCUAUCUGUCCGAAUCCUUCGUCAGAGGCUUCAUGACUGCUGCUGGUCUGCAGAUCCUCAUCUCAGUCCUCAAGUACAUCUUUGGCAUCCAAGUGCCAGCUUAUAGUGGUCCGCUGGCUGUUAUAUAUUCUCUCGUAGAUAUUGUACGUGGCCUUCGAGAUACCAACAUCGCAUCGCUAGUAUUUGCUCUGGUCAGCAGCAUAGUUCUUAUUGUGGUGAAGGAGCUGAGUGCACGCUACCGCCACAAGCUGCCCUUCCCUAUCCCUAUGGAGAUCAUAAUUGUUGUGGUAGCCACAGCCAUCUCAGGCCCUCUGCACCUUCCUGAGAUCUAUCACAUGGACAUAGUGGGAGAAAUUCCUUUGGGUUUCCCAGCACCAAGCCUGCCAACAGUGAGUCAGUGGGAAGACAUGUUGAGCACAGCUUUCUCCCUGGCAAUCGUGGGGUAUGUAAUCAACCUGGCCAUGGGCAGGACAUUGGCAGCCAAGCAUGGCUACGACGUGGAUCCCAACCAGGAAAUGUUGGCUCUAGGCUGCAGCAAUUUCCUGGGGUCCUUCUUUAAGAUCCAUGUGAUCUGCUGUGCCCUGUCUGUAACCCUGGCUGUGGACAAUGCUGGUGGAACAUCACAGUUCGCCAGUCUUUGUGUGAUGCUGGUCGUAAUGGUUACCAUGCUUGCAUUGGGGGCCUUCCUGAAACCACUACCAAAAUCUGUGCUUGGAGCCUUGAUUGCAGUGAACCUGAAGAACACUCUGCUACAGCUCUCUGAUCCCUACUACUUAUGGAAGAAGAGCAAACUGGACUGCUGUGUGUGGGUUGUGUCAUUCUUGGCCACAUUCUUUCUCAGCUUGCCUUAUGGAGUUGCUAUCGGAGUGGGCUUUUCCAUUCUGGUAGUGAUAUUCAAGACACAGUUUCGUAAUGGUUCGGCAAUGGUUCAGAUUAUGGAUACGGAUAUCUACAAAAACCCGAAGGUGUACAGUAAGGUCAUUUCAAUAACCGGUGUGAAAAUAGUGAACUAUUGCUCACCUCUCUAUUUUGCAAAUGCUGAAAUAUUUCGCCAGAGGGUCAUCAAAAAGACCGGGCUGGACCCUGGCAAACUUAUCCUGGCCAGGCGGAAGUUCUUAGAGAAAGAGCAGAAGGAGAAAGCGAAAGAAGAGAAGAAGGACAAUGAGACACAAAGGAGGAAACCCAGCUCUUUGGUUGACAUGAAGGCUCAGACCGUAUCUCAGUUUGAACUGCAAAAUGACUUUGAUAUGAACGAUGGCACUGCCAACAUACCUGAGCCUCCCACCAGCUAUGUCAACUUCCGCGGUAGUGACAUUGAGCCGGGCGAGCAGGCGCCUGAAGAGCCACCCAGUCCCACACUGGAGUCCCAGCCCAUGCCCUUCCACACCCUCAUCCUCGACUUGGCAGGGGUCUGCUUCAUAGACCUAAUGGGCAUCAAAGUAUUGAUAAAGAUGAACUCGAGCUACGCGAUGCUGGGCAUUAAACUCUACCUGGCUAAUGUUCAAGCCCAGGUGUAUGAAGAACUGGAGGUCGGAGGAGCUUUUGAUGCCGGCAAUAUUGGCCGCAGUAAUCUCUUCCUCUCUGUCCACGAUGCUGUUGUGUUUGCUCAGCAGACCUCUGGAGAGAGGCAAGUCUCCCCAAAGGCAGAGAGAGCGAGACAGCACCUUGCCUUUAACAUCAAUGAGGAGAAGGAUCUGGAGCAGGAACUGUUUUGAGCACUGGUUGCUGCAGUGAAGACGAGGAGAAGAAACAUGCGGAAGAUACUAUCAGUUAAAUUUGUUGUUGCCAAAAAUACUUCCUGUGCUUUGUCUUUUAUCUCUUUGCAGACUAUCAAUUAUCUUAAUACAAUGUUUUACUCUGUGGUUGGGCACAGUCCAGUCAGUACUUGACGCCACUGACAGGGGGUGGUACAUACCAGCACAAGAGACGUGAAUAACAAAGUAAACACUGAGCAGAUAAUGAAGCUCAGCGCCCCCCCCCCAAAAAUAACUGUGGAGUGAACCUGCUGACUGUGCAGUCAUACAGAAGUGGUCCUGUAAUUAACUGAAAGUGUGCAUGGCCACAGCUGUGUUGUAUAGCCAGCUGAGCAGUCUGGCUAAGUCCCCGUAGAGGCAAGACACUUAGAAAGGCUAAACACAAAUGAAAGGAGGAAUGCAUCAGCAGUUUCAUGACUUAGUUGUCCAUCACUUACCAUCAGGCAGAGUAAAGCCCCCACAAACAAAAACUCUCCUAAUUGUUGCCAGUUGCAUUAGUAGAGUGACUCUAACAAAGAGAAAUAUGUGGGCCAACUGCCUUGUGUUUGUGUAGCAGGUGCUUAAAGGCAUGUGGUGUCUCGCCUCGCAGCGGGCUGACAGCACUGUUGGUGUGCUUGUGAUGCAUGAAUGGAUUUAUGAAGCUGUUAAGAAAUCAUCCUAAGGUAUUCUGGCACACAUCUGCUCCUCUGCUCUCCUUCUUCUCUGCAGCAAAUUGGCACCACAAGUGAUUACAAGGUUUCUAUGGCCAUCAGCUUUAAUUUGGAGCUCUGGGGAAGUCUCUCAUCACUUAAUGUGUGUGUGUGUGUGUGUGUGUGUGUGUGUGUGUGUGUUUAAUUUCAUCAACUGCAGCGUCUCCUUUUCCUUCUUUUCUCCCUCAUUGUUUUGAGACCGGCUGUCGAAGCCCUUUGCUGCUUGGGCCUGAUUUAAUUAAUUAGAAUUAGGGAAAUAUUCAGAUUGAAACAGUUCGACCAUGGUUUCUCACAUGGUUAUGAGCCAUUAUGCCACUCUGCCCUCUUUAAAUGUUUGACUGUAUAAGAAAAGAGAACUUGACUCUCACAUACCAUGUCUCAGUUAUACAUAAACAUAUGUGAAUUCAAUAUUUCAUACUAAUUCUAACAGGUGUGUUCAAACUGGAAAAAAAAUGUCAAAAACAAUUAUUCAAAACUGUCAAUGCAUUCUAAAAAUAGAUUUUUGAGUGUAUUGUACACUAUGUAUAGUCCCACAAUGCAAUGCACAGAAGAAAUAGAGGAGUUGCCCACAGCUGCAGAAGGUGGUUGUAGGACAGCUACAGAAUAAUAUUGGAAAAAUAAGUAUUACAUGUUUGGAAAAACAUUUAGAUUUGUCUUUCCAAAAUUGCAGUAUUGCAUAUAAAUUAAGGCACGCGUAUUGUAUGCCGUUAUGCAUUUCCUUGUAAACUAACUGCAAAAGUAUACCAAGACGUGUAGUAUAUACAGUACAUAGUGUACACAAUGAGGAGGCCUGUGUAGUAUGGAAGUGGGACACUGCCUCUGUCCUAUUCUUUCAGAGAUUACAGUGCUGGAUCAGUCAGGAUAAAGCCCCUUUGCAGUUAUGGGGUUGCAGUGCCUUGCUCAAGGGGCACUGUUUUUAUUUACCACCCUUUAGGUCAGCUGCAGAGAUGAUGCAUUUUAGUAGGCCAACCCAGAAGUUAGCAUCGACCUGGUUUCCUCGACAAAAAGCCAAUGGGAUUCAUCCAUUGGAUUUUGGAUUAUUGCAGAAAAUAUGCUCUGUGGCAAACAUUUACAUAUGUUUAUGAUACAUAUGUUUAUGAUAAGUUUUGUUCAGCAAAAUUAUCUUCACAUAAACAGCUAGCGUAUAAAUAUACUUCAACACGGUCACAUUACUUCAUCGUCAUCACCACUAAGCUUAAGGUGCAGGAGUGAUAACUGUGAUGAAGUUUAGUCUCAGUUAGCCACUUUUUAGCAACCGCCUUUUUUAAGAUGUUAAUGCUUUAAAUGACACAGAGGGGUAUGAUAAAAUCUCUGGUUAACCACAGACCUUAUUUCGGUCAUCUAACCAAAAGCCCAAUAAAAAUAACCAUUGACUUCAAGACAAAGGAACGGGAAUGCUCACUCAUUUUCGGGUUUUAAGAAUCAUUCAUUCAGCGCUCUGUUACCAGAGGAUUGACGGUCAACCCUUCUUUACUGCUAUUUUUUCACUCUCUGCCAUCACAUUUAAAGUUGUGGUGUAUCGCUUUUAUAAUCUGUUUCUUUUAUCUAAAUGUAGGCAACUAUAGGCCUUUUAAUUUGACCUUCCUGAUAUUGUGCCAUGUAAUUACCCCUUAUCGGUGAAGCUAUAGCCAAAAAAACAACAAACUCCCCUUUCUGGAGGUCAAAUGAUGAUUACACUGAAUUAUGAAAUGCUUCUAGCUAAAACAUUUUUCAAAUGAGAUGCUAUUAUAAUGGACUAGCUUCUCAAUGACUGUAAUUGCAAGUUCACAUAAAAAUUAAUUUUACACCUCUUGCACAUUCAUUGACCAUGAUGGUUUAAUUAACAAGGUCCCUUUUUAGAAAUUUGAGUUGUAGAGAUACAUUUGUUUACACGCCCAGUGGUUUCAUACUAUUCAGACUAAUUGCAUGGUGUCAGAGGGUAUCUGCUCGUUGAGUCAUGGGACCUUGUCAUUUAGAGCUUGCCUGAUUUUAUGAAGAGCUGUCCCUGAGAAGAAUAUUCAGCUCUGACCUUUCACAAUCAAGAUUUCAUUUUAAUAAAGAGCCAGGAAGCAAUUGUUAUCAAAAGAUUGUUGCAUGAAUGGACUGUGGGCUUGUAUGGGAGAGAAAAUGAGAAUGACAGAGCAACCAAAACCGUUUCUGGUGAUUGAAAUAGAGUCUGUUUGACAUUGAUCAAGCGAUAGCAGUUGGUGCUUUGCAUAUGCAUUUUCUAGACUUAUGUUUGGGGAUCUAUUUUGCUUAAUUAACAAGCCAGUUUGCAGCCAGGGAAUCAUAAAUCUUGAUUGUGCAAUAUCAGCAAAUUGUGUUUGGACAGGGGUUGUUUACGAAGUUGCUGAGGGCAAAUCUGACCACUGAUAGCUGGUAUUAAUUAAUGUAUGCAUUGUCUCAUUCCAGUAGUUCAACAGCAAUUAAAUACACCAACAAUCUCUGGUGAUUAAUUAAGGCAUACAAUGAUUGAGUCUGCGUCUCUGACUCUAUGCAUAAUUAUUUAUAGUUAAAUCAAGCCACAACCCCAUGUCUGAUGGAAAAUGCUGCAACCUGCUUGGCCAAUUUUUGUUUUUCUCUUUUUUGCAACCUCUAGAUGUAAUGAGUUAUUUCAUUUCAUGGUAAUAUCAAAAUGAAGUCACUGUGUUGAUCAUUUCUAAAGAUACUGACCUUUAUGGAAUGAUAAAAACUACAAACAAAAUGUGAAAUUGCUGCUGCCGCAAAACCCCAAGAUGUACUUCUAUAUGUUUAGUAUGUUUGUUUUGUGGGAAGGGAAGAAAGGAAUUAAUUUGAAUUCCAUUAACAGUAUCAUGAAAACCAAAGCUGGCAUUAGAAGAUAACGCUUUAGAAAGAUAAACAAAUUUGACUUUCCUUCAGAACAUGCCAUCAAGACAAAGAGAGAUUUGCAGCUAUGGUGUUGGACAGAUAGUGUCAUCAGUGAGGUGUUUUGUCAUCCCAUCAACUCAUUAAACCGAGCGGCAGGUACUGUUUGCUCUCCUGUCUUCUUAUUAGAUGAAAACUGCAGCGUGAUGACUGCAGAUACUAGCUCCUUACUGAGCCGUUCAGUAUCAGCGGGGAAAUUAGACAAGACAACGCAAAAACAACGCAGUGUGGUGCAACGCUGAGGGAACUCAUUAGAACACUGCAGCAUAAGAGGAAGCCGCAUGAUGCUUUGCAACUUGUCAUCAGGGGUGUUGUGAGUGUUAUUACACAAUCAUGAUUUGAUAGCUUGUGCACAAUUACUUCAUUAAUUUUAAGAAUGUUGCCUGAUAAACUCGGGAGCCAAGAAGGACAUUAAAGAGGGCAAGCUUUGAUGCAAUACGGUGAACCAGAGCUCAUGAUCUGCUGUCGUAUAUUCGUGUAUAGAACGAUCUGUCUUUAAAUUAUUUAACAAGAUCUUCAUC